UAGACUCGGACAAACAUAAGUUUGGGAAUAUGAUUCAAAACUCGAUGAUGCGCAGUGGUUCUUGUUUACUAGCGUUACCAUGGAAACGGCCAAUUUGCUGAUCGCCAGUGUCGUAGUUAGAAGUGCAUUACGUACCGCAGAGAGUGUUUAACUUAUUGGUUUGAUCGUGUUGGAUAUUUUAUUAAUAGUUUUUAGCUUAGUGUUUGGUAUAUUAGUAGUAGUAAUUAGUGUAUUAUUAAGACAUUUAGUGUAUCUCUAGUGCGUUAAGUUAAGUCAUUAGUUAUUUAACAAUAUGCCUCAUAAAAAGAUAGGAAUCAAAGGGCUGGGAUUGAAUAGCCAAGCAAAGGCAAUCAUUUAUAAUGUUACUACAUGUAUGGAACAAGAGGCAGCACAUUUCAAAACAACCGAAAACCUGUUAAUACCUUUAAGUAAAUUGACGAAUAGGAUUCUAGCAGCGACGGGUAUAAGCAAAAACACCUUAACCAAAAUAAGAAAAGAUGGUAGAGACGUAAAUAAAAAUGGAGCGACUUAUUUAUCUUUUAAAAGUCCAAAAAGAAAACGUUGUCGUUCCAAAAAAAUUGAAUUGAGCAGUGGACAAGUGAAAACCAUUAAAAAUAUUAUAUACGACUUCUACACCAUCGAGAAAAGAUCCCCUACAAUUAAUGGUAAAUAGUUUAAAAGUUAAAAAAUUAUUAGUUAAUGGGAAAUUGAUACCUAUAUUUUUUAUGGUAAAUAAAAUAGAGUAAGUAAAAUUAUAAAACAAUUGUUUGUACACGUUUAGAACGAAAUAUAAAUUUUUUCGUAAACACACUGAUAUAGAUACAUUUUUAACAAAAAUGGUAGAUAGAUACAAUUCUUUUACAAUUUUAUUUGUGGUGACUAUCAUGACGACACCUUAAUUUUAUGAAGUGGGUCAGAAGUCAGCUCUUACCCAACUUACCCAAAAAUUCGGUCCUGUUAGUUGACAAUGCAUCCUACCAUAAUGUAACAAUGGAAAAAAAUGUGACGU